AUGCAGCAGCUGGAACAAAUGGAUGCAGAUUCAGAAGAUGGAGAUCCAGAACCAAUGCAAUGCUACAAUUUUGGACUUAUCGCGUUAUGUUCUUUUUUCUUUGCCGAAGUUUUAUCUUUCCGGAUUUUUCUUGUUAAGAUUCUAAAGAGGCAACACGUGCGUGUCCAACAUCACAUUAUAUCUUAUUCAAGGUGUAUCGUGGUUUACCUGUUUAUUGUUUCUCUUUACAUGAUGAAACGGCCUCGAACUGUCUAUCUAGUUGAUUUUUCCUGUUAUCGCCCACCUAGUCAUCUUCAAGUUUCAUUUGAAUUACUCAUUGACCGUGUUCAGCGUUAUAGCAACCAGAGUGCCUCAUCUAUUGUAUUCCAACAAAAGAUUCUCGAGCGAUCUGGACUAGGUGAAGAAACUUGUGUUCCAGAAGGCUUGCAUUGCCAUCCACCGGACCGAUGUUUGGCGAUGGGAAGAAAAGAGACGGAGGAAGUUAUGUUUGGAGCUCUGGAUAUUCUUUUCUCAAAUACUAAUGUUAAACCUGAGGACAUUGGUAUUCUUGUGGUGAAUUGCAGUUUGUUUAAUCAUGUCCCAUCGCUUUCCUCCAUGAUCGUUAACAAAUAUAAACUGAGAAGUAAUAUUAAGAGUUUUAGUUUGGGAGGGAUGGGCUGCAGUGCUGGAGUCAUAGCAAUUGAUCUUGCCAAGGACUUACUACAGGCUCAUCGAGACACGUAUGCAAUUGUCUUGAGCACAGAGAACCUUACUCUAUCGGCGUACGAUGGAAACAACAAAUCCAUGAUGGUAACUAAUUGUCUAUUUCGUGUAGGCGGAGCUGCGAUUCUUCUCUCCAACAAAUUUCAAGACAAGCGACAAGCCAAGUACAAAUUAGUUCAUAUUGUGAGAACCCAUUUUGGUUCAAACGACGAAGCAUUUACAUGUGUAAGGCAGGAUGAUGACGAAGCUGGUAAAGUUGGUGUCGCCCUAUGCAAAAGUCUCAUGGAAAUUGCAGGACUGGCACUAAAGACCAACAUCACCACUUUAGGUCCUCUCGUCCUUCCAAUCAGCGAACAACUUCGUUUUAUCACUGUUAUGGUGAUUAAGAAGUUGUGCAAGAACCCGAAAAUAAAGACUUACAUUCCUGAUUUCAAACUUGCAUUUGAGCAUUUCUGUAUACAUGCUGGUGGAAGAGCAAUAGUCGAUGAAAUGGAAAAUAACCUAAAUCUUUCGCCUGCUCAUGUUGAACCUUCACGAAUGACUCUUCAUCGAUUUGGAAACACGUCAUCAAGCUCAAUUUGGUAUGAGUUGGCCUACAUGGAGGCUAAAGGAAGGAUGUGCAAGAACGACCGUGUCUGGCAGAUUGCAUUAGGAAGUGGGUUUAAGUGUAAUAGUGCAGUCUGGGUCGCACUUAAAAAUGUGAAAUCAUGUCCCAAGGGUAAUCCUUGGGAGGAUUGCAUUCAUAAAUAUCCUGUGUAA